UGUCAAGGAAAGCUAAGAUGGCGGCAAAACAAGAUUAUGGAAAGGAUCUCAUGUCUCGCAGAAAACCUCGUUGUUUAAAAGAAAACUAAAACAUUUGAAUUAUAGGACCUUUAAAAAUGCGUGUUAAGAAACCGAAGCGGCCAACAACACCUCCUUCGGAAGAUGAAGUCGAUGACAGUUUUGUUGUGGACCCAGAUCAAAUUUUCGAUGAAUUGCCUCAACCAUUUCGACUUGUUGAAAAAAUUUUGAGGCAAGUUUUCGACGCUGCUUGGGAGCGUAUAGAAGGCAUUGAAGAACGAAAGGCAUUGAAGCGCUCAAAAGCUGUGUUACCAUUGUUUGAACUUGGAAAACAGCUGUCUGAGUACAACGGAACAACUUGUAUUUGCCCGGCCACCGAUGGAAAUUACAUGUUUAUUUGUCAUACCAAUAGAUUUACAGUAGUAGACAGUUUUUUAGAAACUGUUGUUGCUUCCUACGAAGAAUUAGAAGGUAACGCUGUACAUAUGUCUGCUUGUUGCCUUCAGGAAGGAUAUUAUCUUAUUUCUACCUUGGAUGAUGAAGGGUGUGCUAGGCUCUUCUGUUUCACUGGAGAUAAGGUUCAUCUCAUACGAACAUUCAAUGAACCUGAAACAAGCAAGCAAGCCAUAGCAACCCUUGUAGACGUAAGUCAAGAUGGGGGAUAUAUUGGAGUUGGAUGGAAAGUUCCCAUGAAAGAGAGCUGGGUGGAAAUCUAUAAAAUUCCCAAAGAGACAUGGAUCAAGGAAAUAGAAACAGCCAUGGCAGCGGCAGUUCGCUCAAGGAAACCAACAUUAGCAGAAUCAUCUGCCCCAGAUUUGGAGGAAAUUAAUGCAGCAGAACAGCUCCUUAAAUCCACUGAGGAUCAAGAACCCCUUGAAGGAAUGGUAAAUUCACCUUCAGGGUCAAGGCCAAGCUCAGCUCAGGCUGGACACAAUCAACCUGGCUUGUCAGUUAUCUCCUUCACCAAGCCUGCAGCUGUACUACGAGUGCGACCUCCUGCUCCAGUGGGCCCUUGUGCAGCUACAAACUGUUCUGCAGCCUUAAAAGCUGCUGAUGCAGAGGGAAAUGUCAUUGGUAGUGGUUCAAGCCAUGUGCUAAUGACGCAGUUUUUUGAGAAUUAUGACAAAGCAUUUCACCAGCUUCACAAAGAGGAGUUGAAAUAUCUGAGCAAAGAUGACCAGGACUUGACAAGCUUCCCAAGAUUACACUUCCUAAUACCUAGCAGAUUGAUUCCUUCAGGAUUGGAGUCUGCACCCAGUAAAGUUAACUCCCUAGCAGUGUGGUGGUCUGGAGGUACUCAGUUAUUUAUGUAUUCACUUGUCAAGAAUGCUAAAGAUCUAGAGCACAAACCAGACAUAGUAUGGCCUCAUUCCAAACAGAUCAUCAUGAGUGCAGUUAGUGAAUGUGGCUGCUUUAUGGCUUUGGGUCUCAGCACAGGGACUGUUGUUGUUUGGGAUGUAUAUAGAGGCAGUCUGUUGAGGGUCUAUCCCAUCACUGAGAAAGGAAGAAUACUUGUCUUGUGCUUUUUGACCAGUGAUAAUGGCCUUAUUACGAUGCAGGGUGGUGAUUUAUCGCCAUCACCAGCGUCACCUUGUGCCAAUCUGAUUGUAAGCUGUGAUGAUGGGACAUUUUGUCUCCUGCAAUGUGGAGUUUCUUUAUCACAUUCUGCUAAACCUCUUGAGGACAGAUCUGCAGUAGACAUGGAGGUCAUUACCACUGUUGUAAAUAUGCCUCAAACACCACAAGUGGUUGCUGCUUUAGCGAAGAGUGGACGAAUAACUAUGUACGAUGUUUGUAGCUGUACAGCAAUAUGUCAUGUCGGGCUGCCCGAGUCUUAUCUGCUCUCAUCACAGCUUCCUUGUAUCUGUGCUAGCGGGAGGGUCUUAAUUUUAAUUGGUGCGCAAAGUUUUGAAGAAAAUAAAGAAGUGUUGGACGGAGAGACAGCAGUGCCCUUUUCGUAUAAUCUGCAACUCUUUCCUACCCUGAAAAAAUACUGGAGAGAAGAUGCAACCUCUGAGGUGUCACCUCUAAAGCAAACCAAUACUAUCGAAGCAAGGCUACAUUCUCUCAUACAGGGCAGACUUGUUAGCCAAGAAGGCAGGCAGAUGAGACUUCAGCAGCGGUGGGCUCGGUAUCAAACUGAACUGAAGAACAUUCACAACAACAAAACAAGGAGAAACUACACCGCAUGGCUGACGGCAAAAUGUGUUUGAGUGUUACAUGAAGAGACUUGUAUUACCGGGAGAAAUAAAGCUAUUGCACUCUUGGUCACUGUCACAGUACAACCUCAGAAAUUUCACUUUCCAGCGAGUUGCAGUCGUUGCAGUGUAAGCUGGCUAACGGGACUUUUGUUUCUCUGACAGAUAGGAAUUUGAGGAAUUUUUUUUUCCCAAAACUACGCACAGUAUCUGGGACAAAAAUAUAAACAUACUCUGGACUCAGAAUACAUGCACGACAAUGUUAGAAUUAAUAACUUAAUUAGAGCAGUUAAAACUUUCUGUUCCAUCACACAAUCUUUCGUGAAACAUAUGAAUAAAUCAUCAACCGUUUGCCUCAUUCUUUGAGCGUUGUUUCGAAGAUUGCACGUUCAUGGAGUAACAUUGGUCUCAACUGAACUUUUGUAGAAUGUGUUCACGCUGUUAUGUGACUGGAGAAAUUUAUUACGCGAUGAUGUCGACCAAAUAAAUAUGUUAAUUUUACA